UGUUAAUCAUAAGUAUAACACAUUGACAAAAUUUCAGGGUUCUAUAGUUGGAGUGCUAAUAGGGGAUUGUUUGGGUAAAAAAUUUGAGGGCAACAAAAUUGUGGACAUUAAUGAAAUUAAAGAUGUUAUAAAUAAUCAAAAUCUUAUAAAAUAUUCUGAUGAUACUGCGUUUACAUUUGAUUUGGCGAAAUCUUUGAUAGAAAAUAAGGGUGUGUACAUAAAAUCAAUUUUGAACAAUUUUACAAUCACCUAUUAUAAUGAACCUGAGAGAGGAUAUGGUAAUAACAUUGGCAAAGUUAUGCAACAGUUUAAAUCCCAAAUAAAAGAUGAAGAUCUCUUUGGAUAUGCUAGGCAACAGUUUGAUGGAGAGGGUUCUUUUGGCAAUGGGUCAUCUAUGAGGAUAACUCCCUUAGCUCUUUUAUAUUAUAAAUGUGAUAGUGAAGCAUUAAUCAGAGUUUUAGAUAAUCAUAUGCUUAAUUCUGUCAUUGAAACGACUCUCUUAACCCAUUCUCACCCAAUAGCGAUAUACGGUGCCUUGUGUCAAGCUUUAGUCUUAGCUCAGGCCAUUUUGCUUCCACCACCUCCAAAAAUAGGUUCUUCCAUGUUAAAUGGUCAAUCAUUGGCACUUGAGACCUUGCAAAUUCUAACUCAAGGUUUGAAAGAGGUGUCAAAAUAUGAAGGUUCACUUCUACAUUAUUUCCCGCUUAGUUGUGUUAAAUUCUAUGAAGAAAAUAACGAGAAUUCCGUUUUAUAUAAUGAGAGAUGUCAGAAAUCUUUGACAGAUUUUUUAGAUAAAUUCGAAACAGUAAAAGAAUUUUUAAUGCAAAACUCUACCGAAAUCAAUCGGCCUGAAAUCAUCAAAAAAUUAGGUAAUGAUGUCUCGGCUGUCAAAUCCGUCCCAACUUCCAUUUAUUUCUUUUUACGAGCUUUAAAAAUUGCUUUCAACAAAAAUCAGAAUGCCUAUCAACCUAAUUCUUCAACCCUUUUCUUGGAUACGUUAUACGAUGCAAUAAGUCUAGGUGGAGACACUGACACGAUAGCCAGUAUGACAGGGGCAUUACUAGGCUCCUGGUUAGGAUACGAAAUAGAGGAGGAACAUGGGGAUCAAAAUUCUUAUAACAUUACAUCACGUCAGGAUAAAAACAGUUAUCUACAAAACCUCCUACCAAUCAAUACGAAUGGGAGCGAAAAAUUCGAAAAAUUUGACGUCGCUUUAUCGCUCUCCAGCAAAUUAUAUCAUAUAUCUUUCUUGUCAGAAGAUAUCUAAAAAACGAUUUUAAAUCGUCUCACUUUUUGCUCACCAAUACUAAAAAUUUAUUUUAAGACCAAUCAAUUGAAAUUGCACUCAUGGUCAGUAUUUGUUUAACUCCGCUAUAGGAAAAAAAUUAUUAUCCCAUUUUCUAAAUAUAUAAAAUCAGGCUUACAUUUUUAGCCAUAUUAUAUUUUUUAAAAAAAUUCUUCAGUAUAUUUAUUCAAUGACUUAAAUAAAUCUAAAAAUAGUGCUGUAAACUUUUCUUAAAAAUCUAAAGCGUUUAACGUUCAUUGGCAAAAACCGAACGCGUUCACUUUCAAAAAAAAGGUGAACGUGUUCACGUUUUCAAAAUUUUAUGAUAAAUUUUUUUUAAAAUUUAAUUUAAUAUAAAUAAAUGUCUUAUAUUUUUUAACACAAUAUAUUAGCCAUGUUAAAAAAUAAUAUAGUUUUAUUUUGAUAAUAUAAUUAUAAAUGCAAUAAA